AUGACAGCCUUAACUUCAGCUUUAGAUUAUGCAUCAAUAAGCAAAUAUUUCAUUGCAUCAUUCACUAGGGGUCACUUAUUGACCACUAUCUAUUGCUCCAUUCUGGUAGAUAAAAUUACUGCUAGGCUCAGGUGUUGGAGUUCUAGAGCUCUCUCUUAUGCUGCCAGAUGUAUCCUGAUCAAUUCUGUUCUCCUCUCUCUUCACUCUUAUUGGGCUAAUAUUUUUAUUAUCCCAAAAAACGUCCUUAUGGAGAUAACUGUUGUUUGUAGGAACUACUUGUGGGAUGGUAAACCAAUAAGUACUAGGACCCCUAUGGUUUCUUGGGAAGCUAUUUGCAAACCCAAAUGCUAUGGUGGUCUUGGUAUUAAGGAUUGUUACAUGUGGAAUAUUGCGGCUGUAGGGAAGUACGUUUGGAAUAUAGCAAGUAAAACCGACAGCUUGUGGCUAAAAUGGGUAUCACAUGUCUAUCUCCAAGGGAAGGAUUUUUGGUCUUACAAACCCCAUAAAACUGCAAGCUGGACUUGGAAACAAAUCUGUGAGGUUAAGGACAAGCUUAAGGGAGGAUAUACAGGGGAUAUUUGGUCUGCUAGAGCACUAAAAGGUUACUCUAUGGGCAGUGGUUACACCUGGCUGUCACAAAAUCAAAACAAAGUGAUCUGGCAAAAAUGGGCUUGGAAUAGGCUCAACGUCCCUAAACACGGCUUUAUAUGUUGGUUGGCAAUGUCUAAGAGACUAAGAACCAAGGAUAGACUCUAUACUUACAAGAUUUGCAAAGAUGACACGUGCCCUUUAUGUGGGCAAUAUUGUGAGACCGCUGACCAUCUCUUUUUCUCUUGUGUUUAUAGCUUAUUAUGCUUGGAAAAAAUUAAAUAUUGGAUAAGUAUAGGAUGCAAGGCUUCUGGUGUUAACAAAAUUUAUAGAUGGCUUGACAAAGAUCAAGGGAUAAAAUUCAAAAAAGGGGUGCAGAUUGCCACCAUUACAGCUGCAGUUUACCAAAUUUGGCUGCAAAGAAAUUCUGCUGUUUGGAAUCUUCAGGUACAACAGCCAGACUUGAUUGUUCAGAGAAUUAAAGCUGAUGUUUUGUGUAGAGUCAAGCAACUUGUCCCUAUGAAAAUAUCAAAUAGUGAUAGAGCAUGGCUUGCUAGCCUAUAA